AUGGCCAGCGACCUUGUGGUCGGGAUGCUCUAUAACUUACUUCUACCACUGUUCCUGCUAACCGCAUCCUCAUUCCGCUACAAUGCCCUGUCAGUGGUGUACUUUGGGUUUUUGCUCACCUUGCCACUGCUGCCGAAUCCCAGCCUUGUCACCCUGAAAGGCAGAACGGGUCUGUUCCUUCGGUUGAUCGUCUACAUCAGCUUGACCUUCCUGAUGCUGCAGUGCUUCAUGCAGAUCCCUUUCGCCUACAUCCCUCCAAAUGUGAGUGGCAUCUGGGAAGAUUUCCUCUACCAUUUGGGAAUUGUAAGAUUCAGUGCUGUUGAUGCUGUAAACGUGCUGCGUCACCUGGCUCCAGAUGUGAUCGUCCUUUCCUCUACUCUGUUCAUACUGAUGUUGUGCAAAAAACUACUACGCCCUCCGCCCCAAGUCAGCCUUCAUGAAAAUGGAAUCCCAGCCCCAAACCCUGAAGAUGUGGAAUCGUCUGAAACAGAAUCAGAGGAAGAGAGUGAACCUGAGGGCUCGUCGUUUGACAGCUCGGAGGUAACAACGGCGCCGGUUCAGUCUGGCCCGCCACAGUUCGUCCAGAAGCUGAUCGUGUUUGCGGCCGGCCUGAGAGUGCUGCUGUCAGCUAUCAUGAACACAGCCGGGAAAGUGGUGGUGACUCUACUGCUGGGGCUGGCAGGGAUCACGCUCCCAUCACUUACUUCUGGAGUGUACUUCGGGGUGUUUCUAGGUCUAGUGUGGUGGUGGAUAUUCAGCCGCUCCAUCAGUCUGCUACUUUUCAGCUCCAUGUGUGUGAUGAUGGUCAUUUUUAGUGGAGGACACCUUCUGGCUCUGUACCUCUAUCAACUGCCCCUGUCCCAACAGAUUGUACCACCUGAUGAUGUCUAUGCCAGGUUGUUUGGUUUGACAGGAGUGAUUAGAACCAGCAUUUUACACCCGCACACUCUUGGUCUGCACGCACAUGUCAGCUGGCCUGACUUCGUCAAUCCUUUGGUUCUUCUGCUGCUCUACUACACGCUUGUGGCUCUUCUGCACAAGUGGGCCUGCAUCACUGAGGAUAAUGCUGAUGAUGACAAACCUGAGAGUCCAUUGGAAAGUCCAGAGGCUCCCCCAAGCUUCUCCAAAGUCAUCUACAUCUCAGGAGAUAAGCAAGAGCUGCUGAGCAGCACAGAUGAAGACACCUAUCUGCCUGAUGAGCCGGUGAUCUUGAUAUCUGGAGAAUCUUGGCAAAACAAACACAGCAACAGCUUUGGAUAUCUGUUAGAAGGAGCAGGCUACACAAACUGUUAUCAACCAUCACAUUAUGAGGGCAAAAACUCUCCUUCACAGGUGACCGAAAGUGAGGAAGAAGCCGGUGAGAGGAGUGAGGAGUUUUCAAAGAGUCAGACUGAGACGUCAGCUCCUCCUUCUGGUCCGAGUGGUCUGGUUGUCUUCGGGCGGCUGUUGCAAAAACACAGCUACGUCAGCGCCCUGAUCAUCAUGAUGGUGUGGAGUAUCACCUACAACAACUGGCUGACCUUUGCCCUGCUUGUGUGGUCCUGCAUCAUUUGGAUGAUGCGGGACCGGCGGCGGUAUGCCAUGAUGUCGGCCCCUUUUCUCGCCAUCUAUGGCACUGUGCUUGUGGUGCUGGGCUUCCUGAGUGGGCUGCGUCUGAGUCGGGGAGAGCUGUAUCCCGGGUUGCCCCCGGCGGUGAUAGUAGACUUUGACCUGAACAGCUAUCAUCCUGCACCCUGCAUUCACCUGGGAGCCAAGGUCUUCUACAGCUUCAACUUUUGGCUGAUGUUUCGCCAGCAGCUGAAGGAAAGACAGGAGGAGCGGAGAGCGAAGGAGGAGUCUCUAGAUGAAGUCAAAGUCAUACCUUCAGAGGAAAGUCCACCUUCACCUUUGGUAGCAAUGCUGAUAUCAGGUUUAAAAGGGCUGCUGGUAAAAUACUGGAUCAUCUUCUGCUACUCCAUGUUCUUUGUCGUCAGCUUCUCUGGAAAGGUGGUAGUCUACAAAAUCCUCUACAUUGUCCUCCUGCUGCUCUGUGUUGUUCUCUACCAGAUCCGUUAUGAUGUCUGGCGGCGGGUUCUGAAGAAGUUCUGGGCUGUGGUGGUGGGUUACUCCAUGCUGGUGUUGAUACUCAUCUAUAUGUACCAGUUCAGGAGCGUCUCUGCUCUGUUUAGACAAAUCAUGGGCAUGUCAGAAGAUGGGCUCCGUGAUCUGGGUUUGGAAAGGUACAGCACUGUGGAGCUGUUUGCACGCAUUCUGCUUCCCGCUGCAUUCUUGUUGGCUUGUAUCCUCCAGCUGCAUUACUUUAACACAGACUUCCUGACUCUUACGGACCUGGACAACGUACCUAUUCGACCGACUUCCAGGAAGGAAGAACUAAGAAGUUCAGUCAAUGUAAUCUCUGACGUAAUUAAAGAAAACAUUGAGAAGUUUCAGAAAAGACUUGUGAAGGAGCAGAAUGGGAAUGGCAGAAGUCAGGAGACUCUGGACAGCAUUGAACUACAUACGCCCUCUGAGACAGGAGCUGAGGCGCAGGAGGAGAUUCCACCAGAGGAAAAUCUGCCAAGUAGUCGUGAGGACAAGUGGAUCGUGAUCGUGGACCGGGCAAGUCUGCUGCUUAUUCAGGCUCUGUGUGGACUUGACAGACUACAGGAGCUGUGCUGGCGGCUGAUGGAACUCCACAGCCUCAAAAUUGUGUCAUCUGGCAUCAUCUGGGUGUCACUACAAGAGGUUUCGCUCAUGAACUUCCUUUUUCUGGUUCUAUGGGUGUUUGCGCUCCCGUUCCCACGGUUACGGCCUUGGGCAUCCAGCAUCUCUGCCGUGUGGGCCUGUGUCAUGGUCGUGUGCAAGAUGUUUUACCAGCUCAAAGUCAUCAAACCUCUGGACUACUCCUCCAACUGCACUGCGGGUUUGCUCCCCUCCAACAGCUCGGGGUUGGAUGAUGGAGCUGAGCUGAGGGGAAACAUGAUGGAGCUGCUCAGGAGAUCCAUUCUCUACAUUGAGCCUGUUGACCCGGUUUACUGGUGUGGAGCUUUGCGCAAGUGUGAAGGCAGAAUCCUCCCCUGUUUAAGGAACCAUCUCAUGGUACUGGGGUUGCUUUUGUUCGAGGCAACAGUCCACCGACACCAGCUCUACUUCCGUCUCCGUAACGACCUGAAGCCUCCACCCUUCAGCAUCAUCUUCCAGGGUAUCACCAGGCAGCACCUCGAUCAUGGCAUCCUGCCCUGCAUCAAAUACUUCAUCAACUUUGGUUUCUACAAAUUUGGACUUGAGAUCAGUUUGAUCGUGGCAGUGAACGUGAUUGGUCAAAGGAUGGAUUUCUACGCCCUCCUUCAUUCCUGUGCCUUCAUGGUGAUCCUGUUUCGGCGUCGCAGGAAGGCUAUUGGGGAAGUGUGGCAUAAAUACUGCUGCUUCACAGCCGGGCUCAUGGUGUUUCAGUACCUGCUCUGCAUCGGCAUCCCUCCUGCUUUCUGUGUUGAUUAUCCCUGGAGAGCUGCACUUCAGCCUUUGACCUCGAAUGUUAUUAAGUGGUUCUACCUGCCUGACUUUGCAAUGAACCCUGACCCAUCCUUCAUUUUCUACGACCACCUCCUGUUGCUCUGCUCGUCUCUGCAGUGGCAUGUGUUCAUGGAGGAGAACCGAGCAGCUGUGCGGCUGCUUGCUGGCGACAAUGUUGAGAUCAGUCGUAGUUUGGAUCCAUGUUCCUUCAACCAGUUCAUUCCUGUUAACAACUUCCUUCACUGCAGGUGCUACCUCGACAUGGUGAAGGUGUUUGUUUUCAGCUAUUUCUUCUGGAUGGUACUCUGCCUCAUCUUCAUCACUGGCACGACACGGAUAAACAUCUUCUGCCUGGGCUACCUGGUGGCCUGUUUCUACUUCAUGUUGUUUGGCGGCAGCGUGUUGAUGCAGCCGGUCAGAUACAUCCUGAAACUGUGGGACUGGCUCAUCGGUUACACCGGUUUUGUGAUCGCGAUGAAAAACCUGCUGUCACUCGGUUCUUGCGCCUAUCUGGACAGCCUGUUGAAGAGCAGCUGUUGGUUGAUCCAAGCCUUCAGCAUGUUCUGCACCAUCAAAGGCUAUGACGUCCCGGAGCCUGACGAGGAGUGUGAACUGCCAGAGGGGGAGGCGGGCAUUGUCUGGGAUGCCAUCUGUUUCACCGUCCUCCUGGCCCAAAGGAGGGUCUUCCUAAGCUACUACUUCCUUUACGUGGUGUCUGACCUCAAGUCCUCUAAAAUAUUGGCCUCAAGAGGUGCUGAGCUGUUUGAAGCCAAAGUGAAAAAACAGGUAGCAGCCAGACUGGAGAUGGAGAAGAAAUCCGUUGAGACACUGAAGAGACAGAUGGAGAAGAUUAAAUCUAAACAGAAGAGUCGACCUGCAGAGGCAGACGAUGUAGGGCUUCCUGCAGAUCCAGAGCAGGUGCCACAAGACGAUGACGAAAAGGCAAAGCAAGACGCAGGAAAGUGGUGGAAGCCUUGGGUCUCUCAGCCUGGAGUGGAAAACAACUGUGGCUACCACCUGUUUGAGAGUGAAAGUGAGGAGGAGGAAGAAAAAGUUACAGAGAAAAAAGAAGAGGAGGAACCUCCAAAGAAGAAGUCAGCAUUUCAGUUGGCUUAUAAUGCCUGGGUCACAAGCUCCAAGUCGGCUCUGAAGGACCUGAAGAAGGAAAAGAAAAUAAUAAAGAAAGAGGAGAAAAAGAAGGCAAAAAGAGAGCUUCAGAGGCAGCAGGGCAUUGAAAGAGCAGACUCCAGUGAGGAUGAACUGGAAGAAAACAAUGUGGUGGAGGAAGAAGAGGAAAAAGAAAACAUCCUGCAGCGCAUCAUUAGCAUGCUAAAGUUCAGCUGGGUGCUCCUCCAGUCUCUCGCUGAUGACUUAACAGAUGGUCUGAACGCAUUCUGCAAAGACGGCUUAGACAUUUCCAAAGUUCUGUGCUUUGAGCGAGCGCUGCUCAACCAGCAGCAAAAGAAGGGCAAAGAAGUGAGUCAGGAGAGUGUGAAGCAGUUCUAUGAAAACUGGAUAUCCCGUCAGAAUACGAUGUCAUCUCUGGAUGGCCUCGACACUCUGCCCCCCCCCUCAACCCCUCCAGAUGCCCCCUCCUCACAUCAUGCUUAUGCCAAGCUGAAGAACCAAGCCUCCAAAAUGUCCUGGGGCAGCAGCUUUUCUAGCUGUAUGACAGAUGAGACCAUGCUGGGGUCCCGACAGCCAACACAGGAGGAGCUGGACGAUCCUCCCGGUCUGCAGCCCACCGCUUGUCAGCUCAGACGAAGACUUCUGAAAGAGGCCAACAUCGACUUUACCUCCUUGGAAACUGAUGAACCUCCACCGGACCUUUCAGAUGCAGCCGCUCACGAAGGAGACGAUGAGCUAGAGGAGGACGACAAGGAUGAGGCGAGUGAAAGGAAGUCUGAGCAAGACUGUGAAGAAGAGGAGAAAGAUGUCCAUCCAGAAGAUAUAGAGUUGGAGAGAGUUGAGCUGGAUGAGGACGGGUACAUCGGCCAUGCAGAGUGCAUGUCACAGGAUAUGGGGGAGAGCUACGGAGACAGAAGUCUCGAUCUCCCAGAUUCCCCCAGACCUCUGAGUCAGGAAACAAGGAACCUCACUGCCAGCGAGCUGCUGCUCAACAACAUGUUUGAAAACGACGAGAUCUCUGAGUCUGAUAAGUUUUAUUCCACGCUGCCGAGGCCGCUGAAGGUGCUGUUUGCCCUCUACAACACCAUGGUGUCCAAGUCGGAGAUGCUGUGCUACUUUGUCAUCCUUCUCAACCACAUGGUGUCGGCGUCGUUCCUCUCCAUCAUCUUGCCAAUUCUGAUAUUCCUCUGGGCCAUGCUGUCUGUGCCCAGGCCCACCAAACGCUUCUGGAUGACAGCUAUCAUCUACACAGAGCUGACUGUUGUGGUGAAGUACUUUUUCCAGUUUGGUUUCUUUCCCUGGACCACCUCUGCUUACCGUGGCAUCAAUGCCGAGCAGCCCUUUGCGCUGCCAAACAUAAUCGGAGUGGAGAAAAAAGAUGGCUACGUCCUCUUUGACCUCAUUCAGCUGCUCGCUCUUUUCUUUCACCGGUCCAUUCUGAAGUGUCACGGGCUGUGGGACAAUAAGGAGGUUGAGAUGCCUGAUUUCUUCAAGAAGCUUAAGAAGAAAGUAGACAAGAAGAAGAUGACGGAUAAGGCUGGAGGCCAGGAUACACGCCCACGCCGGCUGAGGUUCCUCCCCCUCCAGGCCUCCACCAUAUCCAUAUUCCGGAGACAAAAUAAAGACGAAUCUGACGAAAUGAAGCCAAAAAAACGUAAUAGCAAGAGAAAGAGACGGCACGCUACUCCGCUGACCAGGAAGCAGAGGAUCAGACAGCAGGUCAGAGAAGGGAUGCUCCGGGCCAAAGCUGCCAUCAUAGAAGUAGCUCUUCACAUCUACUUACCUAUAAGACAGUUUUUCUACGACAUCAUCCACCCAGAGUACAGUCCUGUGUGUGAUGUCUACGCCCUGAUGUUUCUCAUUGAUGUUGUCAAUUUCAUCAUUACCAUAUAUGGACACGGGGCUUUUGGGAAAUAUUCUUCAGCAGUCGACAUCACUGAGUCUCUGUCAGAGGACCAGGUUCCCCAAGCCUUUCUGGUCAUGCUGCUCAUGCAGUUUGGAACCAUGAUAGUGGACCGGGCGCUGUACCUGAAGAAGUCUCUACUUGGAAAGUGUGUUUUCCAGGUGGUUCUGGUCUUCGGCAUACACUUCUGGAUGUUCUUCAUCCUCCCUGGCGUCACAGAGAGGAGGUUCAACGUGAACCCAAUGGCUCAGCUGUGGUACUUUGUAAAGUGCAUCUACUUUGGCCUGUCAGCCUACCAGAUCAAAUGUGGCUAUCCAAAUCGCAUCCUGGGCAACUUUCUCACCAAGAACUACAACUACCUGAAUCUCUUCCUCUUCCAAGGUUUUCGGAUGGUGCCCUUCCUGACGGAGCUAAGGGCGGUGAUGGACUGGGUUUGGACUGAUACCACCCUGUCUCUGUCCAGCUGGAUUUGUGUUGAGGACAUUUAUGCGAACAUAUUUAUCCUCAAGUGCAGUCGGGAGUCCGAGAAAAAAUAUCCCCACACUCCAGGGCAGAAGAAGAAGAAGGUGGUGAAGUACGGGAUGGGAGGGUUCAUCAUCUUCGCUCUCAUCAGCAUCAUCUGGUUCCCUCUCCUCUUCAUGUCUCUGGUCCAGUCAGCUGCUGGCGUGACCAAUCAACCGGUGGAUGUCUCCAUCCAACUCAGCGUUUCAGGAUAUGAGCCUCUGUUCACUAUGAGUGCCCAGGAGCAGAACUUGGUGGCGUACACUGAGGCUGGAUUUAACAGACUCACCAAACUUUAUGCUACUCACCCCGGUUCCAUGCAGUUUCUGAUGAACUAUGAAGCUGAGGACAUUGUUGCAGCAAAGAUCAAAAGUGAUGCUAGUUUGUUGUGGAGCAUUAGCCCAGCCAGCCGAGCGGCCAUGAUAGAGGAGCUGAGCAACUCCUCUCACAUAUAUAUCACCCUGCGCUGGACACUGCUUAGGAAUGCGUCCAUUUCAAUGAUUGUCGAAGCCUUGGGAGAACACACUGUGAAGUUUAGCGACAAAGCCCUGAGGGAUGGGAUUGUCGCAAUGCUGAAAGGAAACAGCAGCAAGCCUGUGAUAAUUAACUCCCUGUUGCCCAAGUACAUCAGGGGUCCCAGGGGACAAGAGUCCAAAAUGGCAACCAGGAUGAUAGUAGAGCCCUCAGACCAUCCGACUCUGGCUUUCUACAGACCCAUGUCAAUCAAACUCCAGCAGGUCGACAGGGCGGACAAAGACGCAGACCAGUGGUGGAUGGUGGAAGAAUGCUCCCCAGGUGUCACCACCUCCAAGCAGAAAUGUCACAGCAUAGAGAUUGUGGUGUUCAAUGACAAAGUCAGCCCAUCCAGUGUGGGCUUUUUGGCUGGACAUGGCAUUGUAGGCCUCUACAUGUCUGUGGUGCUUGUCAUUGGAAAGUUUGUGAGGGAAUUCUUCAAUGGGAUAUCGCGAUCCAUCAUGUUUGAAGAAUUGCCGUGUGUUGACAGAGUCCUGAAGCUCUGCACAGACAUUUUUGUAGUGCGGGAGACGGGAGAGAUGGAGUUAGAAGAGACAAUGGUCGAGAAACUCAUUUUCCUCUUCCGAUCACCAGAGACCAUGAUCAAGAUGACCAGAGAGAAGAAAGACAGCUGA